AUGAAGCCUCCUUCCAAACACUCUGGGAGUUUCCUCCCGCAGGCCAACCACAGCACCGAGGAGCGUUUCUCCGACUGGCCCGCGCUGCAGCCCGCCCUCUUCGCCCUCGUCCUGCUCUGCUACCUCCUGACCCUGGCGGGCAACUCGACCCUCGUGCUGCUGGCCGUGCGCGACCCGCGCCUGCACACACCCAUGUACUACCUCCUGUGCCACCUGGCGCUGGUGGACGCGGGCUUCACCACGAGCGUGGCGCCCGCGCUGCUGGCCAGCCUGUGCGGCGCGGAGCUGUGGCUGCCCCGCGCGGGCUGCCUGGCCCAGCUGUGCACGUCGCUGGCGCUGGGCUCCGUCGAGUGCCUGCUGCUGGCGGUGAUGGCGCUGGACCGCGCGGCCGCCGUCGUGCACCCGCUGCGCCACGCCGAGCUCGCCUCCCCGCGCCGGUGCCGCGCGCUGGCCUGCGCCUCCUGGCUGGGCGGCCUGGCCAACUCCGCCGCGCAGAGCGCGCUCCUGGCCGCACGGCCGCUGUGCGCACCCCACCUGCUGGACUUCAUCUGCGAGCUCCCCGCGCUGCUGCAGCUGGCCUGUGGUGGCGGCCGCGACGCCACCGAGCGCCGGAUGUUCGCUGCGCGCGUAGUCAUCCUGCUGCUGCCGUCCGCCGUCAUCCUGGCCUCGUAUGGCGCCGUGGCCCGCGCCAUCUGCGGCAUGCGGUCCCGGGGCGGCCGCAGGAAAGCGCUGGGCACGUGCGGGUCCCACCUGACCGCCGUCUGCCUCUUCUAUGGCUCGGCCAUCUACACCUACCUACAGCCCACGCGCCGCUACGACCAGGGGAGGGGCAAGUUCGCUUCGCUCUUCUACACCGUGGUCACCCCGGCCCUCAACCCGCUCAUCUACACCCUCAGGAACAAGGAAGUGAAGGGGGCAGCCAGGAAGCUCCUGGGCAGUGUGGGGAGAGUCCCCCAAGUUGACAUAGAAAUCCCAGACUCUACCCUGCCAGAGACCCAUCCAAAACAAGGGGCCGCAGUGGCUCCUCCAGGGAAAUCAGUCCAACCUAAUGCCCACCUAACCAGGUCACUAGUGCCACCAAGAGCACUGGAGCCCAAAGCAGAACAAGGAAUUCCCCUAAGUGGGGAUGGUGCCGCUGGGGUUCAGCUGGGAUCUCUUCAGCACAAGGUGGUACUUGAGCAAGUUUAA